AUUGAGUUUAGAACACAGCUAUAGUGUGUAACUUUUAUUUGCUGUAGAACCCGCUGUCCAGUGUUCUCUUUACUAGUGCACUUUUCAGGGUCUUUCAGAGGUUUAAAGUUUUAGACUCUUGGACGAAUUUGCCAAAGGCUUUAAACGCAGCAUGACACAACAGCGAAGAUGGCGUGUUGUGGGAACUGUUUGUGUUGCCAAUGUUGCUGCAGAGAAGGAGAAACACGGACACCAGAAGAACUGACAAUUCUUGGGGAAAUCCGAGAUGAAGAAGAUGAGAUUCUACCCAGGAAAGACUAUGAGAGCUUGGAUUAUGACCGCUGCAUCAAUGAGCCCUAUGUGGAGGUUCUGGAGGGGAUGGACAACAAGAAAGCCAAAAAGUAUGAAGCGGUACGGUGGAUGAUGGUGUUCGCUAUUGGAGUCACAGUGGGUCUGGUGGGCCUGUUUGUGGAUUCCUUUGUACGCCUCUUCACCACAAUCAAAUUUUCUCUGGUUGGUGAUUCUGUAGAGAAGUGCAGCAACAAAGGCUGUCUGUCUCUGUCUCUGCUGGAGCUCCUGGCAUUUAACAUGACCUUCGUGUUCAUCGCCAGUGUGCUCGUCCUCAUUGAGCCGGUAGCUGCAGGUUCAGGGAUCCCAGAAAUUAAAAGUUACUUGAAUGGAGUGAAGAUUCCUGGGAUUGUGCGUCUGCGUACUUUUCUCUGCAAGGCUGCUGGAGUCCUGUUCAGUGUGUCUGGAGGUCUGUUUGUGGGGAAAGAAGGUCCGAUGAUACACAGCGGAGCGAUUGUGGGAGCUGGCCUUCCUCAGUUUCAGAGCAUCACUUUCAAGAGGAUCAAAUUUGAUUUCCCUUAUUUCCGCAGUGACAGAGACAAGCGAGACUUUGUGUCAGCGGGUGCUGCUGCCGCUGGAGUAGCUGCUGCGUUUGGAGCUCCUAUAGGUGGCACCCUCUUCAGUCUGGAGGAGGGCUCCUCUUUUUGGAACCAGGCCCUCACUUGGAAAGUGCUCUUCUGUUCCAUGUCGUCCACUUUCACCCUCAACUUCUUCCGUUCAGGGAUCAACUUCAACAAGUGGGGCUCCUUCCAGCUACCUGGUCUGCUCAACUUUGGAGAGUUCAAGUGUCAAGAUGGAGAUAAGAACUGCCAUCUGUGGACAGCAGUGGACCUGGCCUUCUUUGUCCUGAUGGGGGUGGUCGGGGGCCUGCUGGGGGCGCUCUUCAACUGCAUGAACAGGAGCCUGGCCAAGUAUCGCAUCAGACACAUCCACCCCAAGGCCAAGUUUGUCAGAGUUCUAGAGAGUCUGCUGGUUGCCAUGGUGACAACAGUGGUCAUAUUUGCAGCUUCCAUGUUGUUGGGCGAAUGUCGUGAACUGUCUUCACCCACAACCUAUAACACCACGGUGUCCAGCAGUGAGGACAUCAACUCGACCAUCCGUCAGUUCUUCUGCACCAACAAGACCUACAAUGACAUGGCCACGCUGUUCUUCAACCCACAGGAAGCUGCCAUCCACCAGCUCUUCCACCAGGACGGUACCUUCAGCCCGGUGACUCUGUCAGUGUUCUUCCUGCUGUACUUCCUGUUGGCCUGUUGGACCUACGGCGUGUCUGUACCCAGCGGCCUGUUUGUGCCCUCAUUGCUCUGUGGGGCGGCGUUUGGACGUCUGGUUGCCAACAUCCUCAAAGUGAAACUGGGUCUGCACAUCUACUCGGGGACCUUUGCGCUCAUCGGAGCCGCCGCCUUCCUUGGAGGCGUGGUCCGAAUGACCAUCAGUCUGACUGUCAUCCUCAUUGAAUCCACCAAUGAAAUCACAUACGGGCUGCCCAUCAUGAUCACUCUAAUGGUUGCUAAGUGGACCGGAGAUUUCUUCAACAAGGGCAUCUAUGACAUCCACAUCGAGCUGAGAGGAGUGCCACUGCUGGACUGGGACACCGAAGUUGAGAUGGACAAGCUGACAGCCAGUGAUAUCAUGGAGACCAACCUGACCUACGUGUACCCUCACACCCGUGUCCAGUCUCUGGUCAGCAUCCUGCGCACCACUGUCUACCACGCCUUCCCCGUGGUCACUGAAAACCGGCAGAAUGAGCAGGACUUCAUGAAGGGGAACAUCCUGGUCAGCAACAACAUCCGCUUCAAGAAAUCCAGUGUUGUGUCCCGGGCGGGGGAACAGCGGCGGCGCUGCCAGUCCAUGAAGUCGUACCCUUCCAGCGAGCUGAGGAAUGUUUGUGAUGAGCAGAACGCCGUGGUAGAGCCCGCAGAGGAGGGCGAGGACAUGCUGCAGCAGAUGCUGGAGAGGAGGCACGCUCCCUACCCCAACCUGUACCCGGAUCAGUCUCCCAGUGAGGAGUGGACUAUGGAGGAGCGUUUCAGACCGCUCACCUUCCACGGCAUCAUCCUGCGCUCCCAGCUGGUCAACCUGCUCAUCAGAGGGGUCUGCUACGCUGAGAACCAGUCGAGUGCCUCUCAGCCCAGACUGAACUAUGCAGAGAUGACUGAAGAUUACCCACGUUACCCUGACAUCCAUGACCUGGACCUCGCGCUCCUCAACCCGCGCAUGAUAGUGGAUGUCACCACCUACAUGAACCCAUGUCCCUACACAGUGUCACCCAACACCCGCAUCUCCCAGGUAUUCGGCCUGUUCAGGACCAUGGGUCUGCGACACUUACCAGUGGUCAACGCUGUCGGGGAAAUUGUUGGAAUAAUCACAAGACAUAAUUUAACCCAUGAGUUCCUUGGUGCCAAACUACGACAGCACUACAUCACUGUUUGACCACACUCAGGACGUCCUGUCAUCCUCGCAACCCAAACUCUCUUCAGUGUGGUCCGUUCCCAACAACAUGCAGGCAUUCCCAGACAAACCCCGGACAUUCACAGCCGUGCACACAUUCCCUGUGGCCCGGUGGGGAGCAAGUCACUCCCUUCUGUUGUUUCUUCACUCAAGUCGUACAUUUUCAGUGUUGAGUAACUGCCAGCUUUGCUCCCGCCUGGACUCGGAUUUAUUGGCUUCAGUGGCGGGACUGGACACGUGCACUGUCGGUGGGACUGGACACGUGCACUGUAGGUGGAACAGAGUCUGACAUGUUGCUUUGUAUAGAAGAAGUUUAAAAAGUGACAAAUAGCCACCAAAGGAUCCAUACUGAUGGCUGAUGAGUACGGUUACCAUCAAAUUAGCCAAUUUAGUUUUGAUUCAUUAACAUAAUUGGGGAAGCUAAUAAUUAAACAGGCUUAUUUUUUAAAGAUGAGGUAAGUAAGCUAGCUGUGCUAGCAGCAGCACACUCAAGUGUGGCGAUGGUCCCAACAGGAGUCACCUUCAUUUUUAGUUGUUUUAUUCUUUAUCAUCGUUGUCACUGUAGCAUUUAUGUUUGAUUGUUGUCUGUACAUUUUAAUUUACUGUGUAAGUAACUGGAAUUUACGCACUAGAAGCAGGUCGACGUCCCUUCACGGCCUGCAGUUUACUUAUUGACCACAUCAGUUCAUGUCAAGAUGGACGUACA